UAUAUGUAUACUAGAUUCGUGUUAUUUGGGGAUCGUUAUUGUGUUGCUUAUUCUUUUUUCCACAACCUUGAAUGUUUACCGCCCCGCCGGAUAAGGAGAAGGAGAAGGAGGAUCUGCGUCGCAGGCACUGUUCAUCGCCAUGUCUCGGGUUGAUAACAGAAAUUCCUCAGCCACCAAGCGUGCUAGGACUGAUGGUAGUCGUAGGGAAGAUGAUUGGACAUGCCCCAGCUGUGGCAAUGUCAAUUUCUCUUUCAGGACAACUUGUAACAUGCGUAAUUGCACUCAACCAAGGCCGGCUGAUCAUAAUUCGAAAUCUGCUGCCAAGCCUCUACAAGCUCCGCAGGGUUAUUCAUCCUCAGCUCCUUAUUUAGGUUCUAAUACCCCCUCUUCAAUAUAUCUUGGUGUUCCACCAUAUGGAUCUUCUCUGUUCAAUGGAUCAUCUGUUCCUCCCUAUGAUGUUCCAUUUUCUGGAGGAUCAGCAUAUCACUACAAUUAUGGUAGUCGCCUUUCUGCUGGCAGUCCUUAUAGACCAUUGCAUUUAUCUGGACCAACACCCUACACAGGUGGACCAGUGAUUGGAAAUGGUGGGAUAUAUGGAAUGCCCCAACUGUUGGAUCGGUAUGGCCUGGGCAUCCCUAUCGGACCUGGGACAAUGGGUGCUAGGCCUGGAUUUUUUCACGAUGACAAGUCACAGAAAAAAGGUACAGAUGCAACUCGUGACAAUGACUGGACAUGUCCAAAAUGUGGCAAUGUCAAUUUUUCAUUCAGAACUGUCUGCAACAUGAGAAAGUGCAACACACCCAAACCUGGAUCACAGGCCUCAAAGUCGGACAAAAAUUCUAAGCAAAAGAUGCCUGAGGGAAGCUGGAAGUGCGAAAAGUGUAACAACAUAAACUAUCCUUUCAGAACCAAGUGCAACAGACAGAAUUGUGGUGCUGACAAGCCGGCUGAGUCUGAAGAAUCUCCUUCAUCAGCUGCAGAUCAAAAUGAUCAGUGAGUACUAGGACAUGUUUGAGGGUUGAGAAGGUCCAGAGUUGUCAUCAAGCAUUGCUCAGUCUGGGUGUCUGACAGUCAGUCUUGUCGUCUUCUAUGUUGCAGCAGUUGUCAAGUCACUCACCUUCUCAAUAUGUGUCAAGUUGUUGUAUUAACUGAGAUGGUAUUUUGGUCUUUGUGGAUUGUUAUGACGCAUGUGUCAGCCAACUUUCCUGGUAUAAAGGUUAUUGCAUGUUCCAGUUUUAAGUUUUCUUUUGGUUCUUGACUGUCUGUGUUUAAGUAUAACUCUAGAUAAAUAGAUGCCUUAAAAGAAAGUGAAGAUUCUAAGUUUUUUAGAUUUAUUAGGUGACAUUUUAGUUUUGGGUAGUUGAAAGUGUCUUCCUAACAUACCACUUUUAGGAUGUGCGCAUCAGCAUUACAAAAGCCAUUCUCUUUC